UACAUACAGAAUAUAUAGUUUUUCUCUUUCAUCUAUGUUCCACUGUAGUUUUCUUCUCAUCAGAGUCUUUAAACCAUGUUCAUCAUCCUGCUUUACACAAAGAAUUGCUCUUUGCGAUCAAUACAGGAGAUGUUUUUUCUGUCCUUCCUUUCCUGAUAACUGAUAAAGUGUUGAUAAAGUGCACACCCCUUCUCAUUACAGAGAUGCACAUCACCUGAUUUGCUUAAUUGGUAGUGGGCUUUCGAGCCUAUACAGCUUGGAGUAAGACAACGUGCAUAAAGAGGAUGAUAUGGUCAAAAUACUCAUUUGCCUAAUAAUUCUGCACUCCCUGUAUUUUAAAUGAGCACACAGUCAUGACAGCAUGAUCAAAUUUAUGACUAUAAAUUACUACCAAAAUAAAUCACGAAAUACCUCACAAACGUAUACAAAGAAACAUAUAGCUGUACAUUAAACUUGUUUUGCUUUUCGGUAUAUUUGCUUAUUUUUUAAUUGUUCGUGCUUUUGACACAGUGCACAGGCUAUUGGUACCUAUAAACGCGUCAAUCGUCAUGGGCCGCUUGCGCCAUCAAGUGGUUUGCUAAGGCACAAGACGUGUUUAUACUACGCAUGCUCAAAUUCAUACAUCCGGACGGUCCCUAUCAAUCGAUCAGAGAGAGGAAGAUGGCGAAGGUUUGACUGAGCGCGACAAGAUCGAUCACCGAAAAACUCGAUCGAGUUUGUUUUUCUGGCUCGAAUUAAACAACACGAGACGUCGCCUUAGCUGAGGUUUUAACGAACAAAGCACCACGAAGGAACAAAGAAGAGGAAGAUGGAGUUCCCCUGGCACAGUGGAAAAGUCUUAGACCAGCUUAAUCGUCAGCGAAAGCAGGGUCUGCUGUGUGACUGCACCUUUGUUGUGGAUGGGGUGGACUUCAAGGCUCACAAAGCAGUGUUGGCCGCCUGCAGUGUCUACUUUCGUACCCUCUUCUUGGACCAGAAAGAUGUAGUACACCUAGACAUCAGCAAUGCAGCAGGUUUGGGUCAAGUCCUAGAGUUCAUGUACACAGCAAAACUUAACUUAAGUCCACAGAAUGUCGAGGACGUCUUGGCCGUUGCCAAUUUUCUACAAAUUCAAGAAAUUGUGAAUGCUUGCUCUGCAUACCAGUCGAUGGCCAAUCAAGCGCCUUCUGUCAUAACCCUGGAUUUUACUGUGGAUGAAAAGACAGGUGAAAGCGAGCAGAACGAGGAGCAGAGCAGUGAAAUGAAAGAAGAGUCAUCACAGGAAGAGGAAACUCGUUCGGUUACUACGACAGAAGCUAAAGAGACAACACAAACUCAGGAUGAUCCAGUGGAGGAUGCAGAUACUGACACUCAACCAAUUAUUUCUGAGACCAGUCCUGUUGGGACUAACUCAGUCCUGGAACAGCUGCCCCAAACCACUGCCCCUCCUGCUGAGGACAAGAAUGAAAGUGAUUCACAGGACAAAACUGAAAUUCAAGAUAAUCCCUCUGACACACAAGAAGCACAGGGAAAAUCCACUGCCAGUUCAUCGUACAUGAGCUCUCGAGGCCGAAGAAUCAGGAAACCUCUAAAACGAAACUUCCCACCAGAUAGUGAUUCAGAAAAUGAAGGCAAAUCAAAGCCAAAACCAAAUUUGAUGGUGACGAAGUCGGCAGAUGUGGACAAUGAACAGGACGACACAUUUGAGGAGAAUAGUAAUGGGGGUGGAGAAGAUGAUGACGAUGACGAUGGUGAUGGAGAGGAAGACAGCGGGGCCAGUGAGCAGAUGGAAGAAGUUGAGUCACAGGUCGAGAAACAAUCUCACUCAGCAUCAAUGAGCAGCCGGUCGGAGUCAAAGCCUUACAGCUCUGUGACACAUAAGUGUGAGGACUGUGGGAAGAAAUUUACUCAUACUGGCAACUUUAAGAGGCACAUGCGAAUCCACACGGGAGAGAAACCGUUCAGCUGUCGAGACUGCAGCAAAGCUUUCUCUGACCCAGCAGCCUGCAAAGCUCAUGAGAAAACACACAGCCCCUUGAAGCCAUACAGCUGCUCCACCUGUGGGAAGAGCUACCGUCAGAUCAGGCUGAACCUACACCGCAAACGCCACACGGGAGAAGCACGCUAUACCUGCUAUGCCUGUGGCAAGCUCUUCACCACGUCUGGUAACCUGAAGAGACAUCAGCUGGUGCACAGCGGGGAGAAACCAUAUCACUGUGACUUCUGUGAUAAGGCCUUUUCUGACCCCACUGCCAAGAUGAGACAUUUGGAGAUACAUGACAUGGAGAAGGGAAACAAAUGUCCACAUUGUGAGAAACGCUUCAACCAGCUUGGAAACCUGAGGGCUCACAUGAAGAUCCAUAUUACAGAUGGGCCUCUCAAGUGCAAAGAAUGCGGCAAACAGUUUACCACCUCAGGAAAUCUGAAAAGACACAUGCGGGUCCACAGUGGAGAGAAACCAUACGUCUGUGUUCACUGUCAGAGAGCUUUCAGUGAUCCUGGAGCUCUGCAGAGACAUGAGCGCAUCCACACAGGAGAAAAGCCUUGUAUCUGUGGUAUCUGUGGCAAAGCGUUCACUCAGGCUAGUUCUCUUAUUGCUCACGUCCGUCAGCACACAGGAGAGAAGCCUUAUGUGUGCGAUCGCUGUGGUAAAAGGUUUGUGCAGUCCAGUCAACUGGCUAAUCACAUUCGCCAUCACGACAAUGUUCGUCCACACAAAUGUCAGAUGUGCAAUAAGGCAUUUGUUAACGUGGGGGACCUCUCCAAACACAUCAUAAUACACACAGGAGAGAAGCCUUUCUUGUGUGAUAAAUGCGGCAGAGGGUUUAACCGCGUAGACAAUCUUCGAUCUCACGUCAAGACCGUCCACCAUGGCAAGGCUGGCAUGAAGCGGCUGGUAAUUGCUGGAGGCGGUACAGAAGAUGGGGCUGAUGGGGGAACGGCGACAGCCACAUCUGACAGCGAAAUCAAUAUUGUCACCGUUUCCACAGACGACAUUAUGGCUCUCGCGAACAGCGCAGUAGCUCAGCUGACAGUGGUUCCAGUGGCUUCUUCAGUGUCUGCAGAUGAGACUGAGGCUUUGAAAGCUGAAAUCACAAAAGCAGUGGAGAAAGUACAGGAAGCAGAUCCCAACACUCAGAUCUUAUAUGCUUGUGAUUCGUGUGGAGAUAAAUUUUUGGAUGCAAGCUCUCUUGCUCAGCAUGUACGCAUCCACACUGCUCAGGCCUUAGUCAUGUUUCAGGCAGAUUCAGACUUUUACCAGUACACCACAGCCACGACUGCAGAAGGAGAAACUGCCACAACAUGGCAAACCACAACUGAACAGGUCAUUCAAGAAGGGGAAAACUGAUCUGUUACGUCCAGGACACAGAGGGGGAGAUGAAGGAACAGGAAGGAUGGUGAAAGUCAAAUGUUGUCUUUUUCUAAGUAAAAUUAUAUAUGUAAAAUAUGUAUAAAGUUUAGCUUUUAAAGAAAUAUGACUAUACAGAAUAAAAUGAAGACACAGUACCAUGUAGGAGAACUUACAUUAGGUGAGUUAAUGAUAUGGUAAAUAUUGAAAUAGUUAUACUAAGUAUAGCUUUGUUAUUUUUCACUUAUAUCACAUUUAUAAUAUAUGUACAUUUAAUUGUUUUUCGUUUAAGUAAAUCAUGUUAAAAACACAGACCCAGACCCUAUGAAUGUGACAGCUUGUCCAAAAUAAAUGUAUCCUCUGGAAAGGGUAAAACGCUGUGUAUGUGUUUUUUGUAGAUAAGAUGCUAUGGUGUAUUUUUAAUACCGUCUUGGUUAUAUUAUAUCUCAUGGUUAUUAAAAUGGUAACUGACAAAACGAGUCUGUAUUUAAUC